GCCGGCGCCAGCUGAUGUCUGUUCAUUCUCUCUGCAGCUGGCGUUUGAACUAACUUGAUAUUGGAAAAAAAAUGUCCAAACGCAGUUGCCGUAACACACUGCAAGAAAGAGAUGAAAACACAACAGACCAAAAUGCCAUCUGUCCUAGGAAGAGAAAAGCUGAGCAGUGCAAAAGAAAAACUCCAGCAGCCAAGAAACAAAGUUAUGAAAUUCAGAACCGGUGGGUGGAAGGAGAUGUUAGCCCAUGCGUCCUUGUCGAGACACCUCACAAGGAACUUGAAGAGACCAGUAACUUGUCUGGUUUUAAGCACUUCCGGUUCAAGAAUCUGUUCAUUAAGCCCUCGCCGCUGCCUUGUCUCAGCUGGGCUAGCUCAGAUGAUGUCUGGAUUAAAAUGCUGAAUAAAGAACUAAAGUACAUCCAUGAUAAAAACUUCAUGCAGCAGCACCCCAGCCUACAACCAAAAAUGAGAGCCAUUCUCCUUGACUGGCUUUUAGAGGUAAGUGAGGUGUAUACACUUCACCGUGAGACCUUUUACCUGGCUCAAGACUUCUUUGAUCGCUUCAUGCUGACUCAGGUAGCCAUUGGGAAGAACCAGUUGCAACUCAUUGGCAUUACUUCACUAUUUAUCGCAUCUAAAUUGGAGGAAAUCUAUCCGCCAAAGCUUCAAGAGUUUGCGUAUGUCACAGAUGGUGCCUGUGAUGAAGAUGAAAUCCUUGAAAUGGAGCUGAUAAUGCUAAAAGCAUUGAAUUGGCACCUCUGUCCAGAAACUCCAAUUUCUUGGUUGAAGCUUUAUGCUCAAGUGGGCUCUCUGAAGGAAGGACCAAAUUUUCUUGUGCCUCAGUUUUCUCAGGAAGCCUAUAUACAAAUGACCCAGUUGUUGGAUCUUUGUAUAUUGGACAUUAACUCACUGGAUUACCAGUAUGGAGUUUUGGCUGCUGCUGCGUUUUGUCACUUUACCUCAAUUGAAGCUGUGCAGAAAGUAUCUGGUCUGACAUGGGACAGUAUAUCUAGCUGUGUGCGCUGGAUGGCCCCGUUUGUGAGGACUGUGAAUGAACAUGGUCAGCCGAAACUGAAGGACUUCAAAAAGAUUGUAGCAGAGGACAGGCACAACAUCCAGACUCAUGUGGACUACCUGUCCAUGUUGAAUGACGCUCACCAGCGACAGCAGGAGAACCUGGAUCGGUUGUCUCCGGUGGCUGUAGGAGGCUUGCUAACUCCACCCAAAAGCACAGAAAAGCCCACUAUUAAUAUAUGAAAGGCUUGAGGGGGGAUGAAAACUGCUUCUGAUCGUCAUAACUUGGCAGUCAACAGGACAAGCAUGCAUUUCGUGGUGCAAAGAGCCUCUUGAUUUGUGAAGAGCCUGCUGUAUCAACACUUUUCCAAGACUUGUUUCAUAUUAAAUCAGUGUUGAGAAGAGCAUUCCAGGAAAAGAGACAGUCCUGUGUUUUUAAAUAACAUUGGUCAUGACCUCGCAAGAUGGUGUUAAAACCAUAUGUGCCUUUCAUCGAAGACUCUCUGAGAAAUUGUUUACAAGUAUUUAAGCUCUAUAAAAGAUUUGGGGCUUUUCUCAAAUAUCCAGAGCAAUGCAGUGUUUGUAUUCAGGAUUGCUCACUCAUUUUGUAGGAUUUUUGUGUUUAUUUUUAUUUUAUUUUUUUAGCUGUAUAAAAGUAUGUUGAAUGUUGAUGGACUAAACUAUGUUGCCAUAGGAUUACUAGUCAGUGCUGCUCUAAACCUUUGGUUAUUGUGAAGCUGAAAUGCAGCAUGGAGAUACGGAACCUGGUAUGGACGAGUUAAGUCGUUCUCAAAUGUGCUGCAUUGUUGGAGUUUUCAUUCUUAGGAACCACAUUCCUUAGACUGGUUAUUUUAUCACAGGAAAAGAUGUUCGAAUUUACAAUUGCAAAUGUAUUUGCAUAUUUAUGGUGCCACCUUUCUAUUUUAAAUUUAUAGAAUUUUCAUGAUGCUAUGAAUUUCCUUUCAUUUAAUUGCCAAAGGCAAAUAUUUAAUUCAGUAGGUGCUUAUUUAUGAAAGAUUGUAAGAUGCAGUAUUGUACUGGACCUUACGUUUGUAGCAAAUCCUGAUUCUAUUUUUAAUGCUCAACUGGGAGCCAAAUACAGUGCCUGUAAAGAUGGUAUAAAACUGUAUAUAAGAGAAUGUGUACAUAUGGUAAUGUCAAGAUGAUUUCACUGUCCUAGUUAAAUAUGAAAUAUUAAAAGAUUGGUUAAAA